AUGAUAAGUGGUAUUGCAAUGAGGGCAGGUAUUUCAGUGUCACAUUUUUCCAGAAUAUCGAUUACAUGGCUAGAUUUAUGCACAGCAAAUUUAGAAGCUAUCCCAUUUGGGCAACAAACGAAACUGUUGCAAGAACACUUUAAAAAGGUUCACCCAGCAACGAGAGUCAUCAUUGACUGCAUUGAGUUUUUUAUUGAAAAGCCAAGCUCAAUACAAUCACAGAGUGCUUCCUAUUCACACUACAAGCACCAUAAUACUGCUAAAGGUUUGAUAGGCAUUACACCAUCUGGUGCAGUAUCAUUUGUGUCAGAUUUAUAUACCGAAAGGACCAGUGACAAACAGGCAACAAAGGACUAUGGUAUUUACAACCUUUUGGAACCCGGGAAUGCUAUUAUGGCUGAUAAAGGUUUUGAUAUACAAAAUGAUUUCCCAGCAGGAGUCAGUUUGAACAUUCUUCCAUUCUUGAGAAACAAGGACCAUUUAUCUUUGUCAGAGAAACAAGAGACCCGUAAUAUUGCAACUUUAAGAAUUCAUGUGGAAAGAGCAAUUGCAAGAAUAAAGACUUUUAGCGUUUUAAAGACUGUGUUUCCCAUAAGUAUGUGUUCAGAGCUAAAUAAAAUAUGGGUCAUAUGUGCAUAUUUGACAAAUUUUGUGCCUUCUUUGAUCUCAACAGAUGAAUAA